AUGAAUGAUUUUGAUUUUUCUCCUGAUGAGAUGAUAGAAAUUUUAGAAAAGGCAGCACAAUCUGAUAAAGAAGCCGAGAAGAUUAGAUCUAACUAUAUAAAAAGGACUGAUUCUUAUGCAAUUUUUCUGGCUAUCUUAGAACGUAGUGAUAUAUCAAGACAAAUACGAUUUAUAUGUCUAAAUACUAUUAAAAAUAUUGUUACUAAUUCAGAAGUCCAUAGAAAACUGCUUCAACGCAUUAUUUACGAUUAUAUUGACAAUAAUUAUCAAUAUUUGUACACUGUUGAUUUUUUGAAGAACUGCAUAUCAGAUCUAUUUGUUAUUGAGUUACAAGAUGCUCCAGAUUUGGCUACAAAAAUGAUUGAAAAAUUUAUCUCAGGAGAUCAAGGCCAAUUCAUUCUAGGUAUUGAAUUUGCAAAAAGCUACAUUCAGAAAACACAUUUAUUCGAUGAAUUCAGUUCAAUUUUCUCAGCAAUUUGCAGAAUUUUAAAUAAUCCUGAUUAUUCUGAUUUAUACAAAACAUUUUGCAUCCAAUUCAUCUCAGUAUUCACUGAAGAUUUAUUUAAAUCGAAAUUAAAAGAAAUUCCUUCAUAUUUCAGAAAUCAAAUUUCAAUCUUCUCAAUUACCGGAUUCUUCUCGCAAUUACUAAGAGUCCCUCCACAAACAGGUCAAUCCCUCAUCAAUUUCAUUGAAUAUUUAGCUCAAAUGCCUCCAAUAACUUCUGUUCCUUCAUUUCUUGAUCCAAUUGACGAAGAAACACUAAAUAUGAAGUAUGCACAAUCAAUAUCGGAGAUAAUAGAGAAUAUUAACAUCGCUUUCGGUGCUCAACAGAUUACAUUUGAACAAUUUGCAGAUUUGGCCGAUCUUUCAACGACAAUUUCACAAAUAAAUGUUGUAGAAAGAUUAGAAGAUAGAGAACUCGUUUGUAACUUCGUAAAUUCUGUUCUUUCAGCGCUAAAUCGUUCAAUUUCAAAAGAUUCAUUGAUCCAGAACAGUUUAAUAGCUGAGAAACUCUUUAACGCAUUAUAUAAUGUCAUAAAUCUCUUGCACGAGAACGAAAUGCAAGAAUUUUUUGAAAAAUCUUUGCCAGAUUUAAACCAAGCGUUUUACAGCACUUUAUUUGAGCAGACAACAGACCAGAAUGGCUGCUUAUACGCUAUAUAUGAGAAUGAUGCCUCUUAUUCCUUAUUUUCCAAUUUUUCGCAUAUUUUACUUUUUAAUUAUCAACAAAACAUUGAGAAUUUGAUUGAAACGAUCAAUGAUUUAGCAUCUAACAAGAACAUAGGAAUAGCUGCAUGCAUCGAAAUAGGCUGCAAACUGAUGUCAAACAGAUCAAAAGACAAAAACCACCUUCCCUCUGAAAAUAUCAAGACAGACGUGUCAUUGAUCACAACAGUAGCUGAUAUAGUCGCGAAUCUCGAACCUCUCGUUGACCAAUUCUCAUUUUCGGCAACAAAUAAUCCGAAAAUUUGGCUGGAACUCGCUCUAGUUCACUUUUUCGUAUCUGUACAGAAGAUAUAUCUCAAUACUGUUGUAGGAAGAGCGUUCUUUUCACAAAAUCCGUUGAUUUUUUCGGUAUUUUUCAGUAGAAUUUUAUUUGAUUUAAGUUCUGAAGACAUUGACUUCCAAGAACUCAACCAAAUGGUCUCAUGUUUGAAUUUCGACUCAUUCCCCGACGAAGUCAUCAACGAAAUCCUUUCAAACGAGGAAAUAAUGAAGAAUGUAAUUUCUUGUCAUUUUCCUUUCAUUUUUGAUGAGAAUCUUGAUGACCAAUCGAAGGCUUUGUACAGAACAUUGUUUUCUUUCGCGAAUAGAUGUAAGGAUGACUCAGUUCUUUCGGCAAUUCUCCAAUCAAAUAUUCCAAGAUUGGAUAAUCCGCAGUUAGUUAAAUGUACGUUGGAUUCUUUGCUCGGAUUCUUCGAAACUAGAAGGAAUAUUGAGUAUACCCUUAAUUUCUUCGUCGAAGCUUUCUUCCCAAAAAUUAUUGAAAUCACAAAUUUGGAAGAAAACGUCAAAAACGUAUCGGAGUUCUGCCUGAAGUAUAGUCAGAUCAUUGAGCAAUCGGAUGACAUCGAAUGCCUAUCGGAAAUGGCAAUGACGCAGUUCAAAAGUUUUUCAACACUUUUUUCCCAUAUCGUUAAAAUUUCGAAUUCAAAUGAAAAAAGUGUCAUGGAAAAUUUGACAAGCUCUGUUUACAAUAUGUUGAAAUGGAAAUGUGUUAAUUAUGGAGUUCUUUAUCUUUACGGGAACAAGGAUAUUUAUGGCAUUUUAGUUGAUUAUUUUUCAAAAAUUUUUUCAAUCGAAAUUGAAAAAAUUAUUACAGAUCAUCUCUUCUUAUUUAAGAUUGUUGAUGUUAUUGUUGAAUCAUCUUACUUAUUCCGUCAAGAUUUGGCUGAUAUUCCUUUAGGAAUUCGUAUUUCUUGCAUAGAAUUCAUGACGAUUUCCAUUUCUUUGUCCGACCAAGUUAAUUAUAUGAUAGAAAAUAUCUGUAACUCAAUAUUAACAUGUUUUCUGGACGACCUUGACCUUGUUACUGAUGAAAACAAUUGUUUACAUAAGUUUUUAGUAAGUUUGGUAUUUUUGUAUGUUAGAAAAGAAUUUCCAGACCAAAAACCUGUGAAAGAAGCAAUAUAUGCUUUGAUCAAAGCUGAUAGAGACUUCCUUUUGACUGCUCUUUCUUCAACCGAAAUGUCAACUGAUGAAAAUAGAGAAUUCGUUGUUUCGUUGGUCGAAUAUAUUCAGAAUAAUAUCUAUAGUGAGAAUGUGUGGAAUAGCUUGAAUACUGCCCUCAAAAUGAUAGUAGAAUCUGUGAAUAAUUUAGAUUAA